AUGAAUGACAAGACUGAACCGGAACCCUCUGCUGCCGCAACCAAACAACAAUCCACCCUCCAUCCGCUUAAUGCUCGCGGCUACGAGGUUCCGGAUCACAUCACUUCUGAACCACCACCUAAGGAUGACCCAACCUAUGAACAGUGGAAGAAAAUCGAUGCUAUUGUCCUUCAAUGGAUUUAUAGCACUCUGUCAGAUGAUUACCUUUUGCGGGUUCUCGAAUCCGAUUCUACAGCCCUUCAAGCUUGGAACAGGGUCAAAAAUAUCUUCCACAAUAACAAAGGCCCACGCUGUGCAGCCUUACAAGCAAAAUUCGUCAACCUCAAGCUGAGUACUUGCGCUUCUUUGGAAGCCUACUGUCAAACUCUUCGUGACUUGGCUGCCCAACUGGAUGAUGUGGACAGCCCUGUCAAUGAGCAAACUCUGGGUUUGCAAUUGGUUCGGGGUCUCCCUCGUGAAUACGACACCAUUGGCUCCAUUAUUAACCGUGAACUCCCUUCGUGGAACGAAGCAUGUGAGAUGCUCCGCGACGAUCAAGAACGUCAGGCUGCUCGGGAUGGUCGGUCGAUCGGACGGUCGUUAGAUCGGCCGGCAACCUGA